AUGGCGGGCUAUCACGAUCCCUACGAUUCACGAUCACGACCUGCUGGUCGUAACGAUCCUUACUCGAGACAACAUCUGCCUUCCAAUGUGGGGCAUGCUAGCUCCGGCUAUGAAAGAGUCGGUGAGGUGAACGAUCGAUAUCAGCCACAGCCACAACGGCCGCAGAGACAUGGUUAUGAUCCUCGAAAUUAUCCUCCGCCUCCUCCGCCCCUUGGUGCUGGGCGAUACGGUCCUCCGUCGAGGUCACCGACGACGCGGCAACGUCAUUCAUGGCCGCCACGUGUGACUUGCGAGGACGAGGUGGUGUCGCUGUCGAAGGAAGCAGGGUCAGCGAGCUUACUGAAAGCCAUCGGCAGAGAUGAGGCACCAUCACGUGGUACCAUUGAUCAGGAGCCUAUUGUUCAACCUGUGCCGGAAUUGAUGAGCAAGGAUGAGAGGCGUUAUAUCCUGGUCUCGGAUUCGGAGAAGGAGGGCAGAUCAACGGGUAUGCCUACACCACCUACCAGCGAAGACGAACGCGUACGAAGACCAGUCACGAGGCCCGCACGGCUGAAGACUGCAAUGCACGACGGGACGCCUGAGCUUCAGAAACGUACAGCUUCGCCAUAUGCCUACACCAAGCCAACGAAAUUGGAUCACAACAUGUCUUCCAACGAACAAUUCCUCUCGCCGACGACUUUGACUCCACCUUCGAUUGACAAUAGCUAUCGUAGGAAGGACCGCUUCGCAUCAUCAAAGCCGUCAUCGCCACGAAGAGAAUCACCAAGAGUCAGUCCUUCUGCAAGGAAAGGCAGAGACUACUUCGAUACUGGCCGUGACUCUGGUUCAGCUAUAACUGAUGAUGACGACCCACGAUCUACCAGAUCCGGCGCGUCGAAAUCGUCAAAGGAUAGCUACACAGCGUCGAUGCCGGACAGGACACAUGACAGGACGUCUGUGCAUGACUUUGCGCCACCAUCAACUAAUGCGCCGCCAAUAAGGAGACUGAACCUAGAUGCACGACGCAAUACUGACAACACCGGUGGCUUCCCUACUUUACCGUCUUUCCGAGUCGAUGGUUCGCAGAGGCCAGCUCCAAUCGUGGCAGCCAGUGCUCUUGGUGCUGUUGCUGGAGCCGCUAUAGAGUCGAGCUAUGUUUCUUCUCGUGGUGUCUCACCUGGAGCACCCAGUACUGGUCCAUCUCCGAGCUCUUCGGCCAGACCUACCACACAAUCAUCCAACCCGAGCCGGCCUACAAGCGCGCACUCGUCCGCUGCCGUUUCAGCAUCACCCUCGAGGCCAGCUUCGCCAUCGCCCAAGACUCCUGCCGAGACAGCUCGACUACCACGAACGGACAAUGACUGGAGCACACUUCUGGCAGCCAAUGCAGCCAGGAAAGCCAAGCCGCCGUCUCGUCUAGCUACACAGAUGAGGCAGGAAUCAGUGCCUGAUGUUCCACAACUGCCUUACAGUGCCGGACCAGGUCCUCGACACGCUGCCAGCUUGCCAUAUCCAGACGAUCCAGUCCCUGGCACACCGACCAUGUACAUGCCAUCUGAACGAGACCAUCAGUAUUUUGCACCACAUAAGCCGAGUUUGAAUAUACCUUUAGCAUCGAAUGCCAAAGAUGCGUCCCGCACAUCAUCGCCAGCACCAAGUAAUGCCUCGCGAACUUCUACCGCAUCCAGGAACGCCCGACCAGUACUCGCAAGAGGACACUCCAUUGCGAACCCUGCUGCGACAGAAGAACGACCAACCGCAUCCCGCGCAGCGCGCCACGACUCUUUCGGCAGCAGUUCGCAAACGAAGAAAGAUAUUGCAGCUCUGCUCAAGAAAAAGCUGCCCGAUUGUCCCAGGUCAGAGCCAGUCGCAGGCUACGAUGACUGGUAUACCGUCAUAGGCGCUCCGAACCUAGCCUUCUGCCCUGAUUGCGUGGAUUCCGUCUUCGAACGCACAAUCUACCGACCCUCGAUUCGCCGCCUGCCGCAGCUCGAUUUCAAGCUCAAGAUCGGUUGUGCUUUUGGUUCUUCCGCGUGGCUUCGCCUUGCCUGGCUCCUAACCCUGCACCAACAAAAGACCGACCUACAGCUACUCAAAGACCUGGCCGAUAUCGAGGAAUCUGGCGAGACUUGCCCAGGGAGCCAAGAAGCCGUCCGAUCAUGGUACGGUCUUCGAGAUUCUGAGGGUUACUUCGUCCGCGACUUCCAAGUCUGCUACAGCGAUGUGCGCAAAGUCGAACGCCUCCUCCCGACCCUCAACGGCCUCUUCGUGCGUCUCCCCCAUCGCGACUCCUAUGGUAAAUACGCCUGCGCUAUUCGGACGGAUAGUAAUCGCUUCUCCGCCUACCUCGAUGGCCUGAUCCUCGCCCACGAGAACGCCCACAAGACCCGGCAGGGUCCGGACCCGAUGCCAUUUGUCGAGCUUGUCGAGCAUAAACUCCGGUUGCGCGAGUGCACGAGGGAUAACAUGCUGAUUGGCGGGCUGUGGCAUUUCAUCCCGAACAUCCCCAGCCUGACUGUCUGCGAAGACUGCUAUGAAAGUAUCGUCGAGCCCGAGGUGAAGAAGAAUUCCGAUCUGGCUAUGCGGUUCAAUCGCUCCGUCCAACCGGUUUAUGGCGAGGGGAUGGGAUCGUCAUGUUAUCUCUACUCCCGACGGAUGCGGAAGGUUUUCCAACGCGCGGUGGAGGAUGGCGAUGGGAAGUACCUCGCUCGGAAGGCGAAAGAGAGGAGAGAGGCGGAGUUGAGGUUGCAGGAGCGGUAUAAGGAGUUGAGACGGAGGGCGAAGAGGUUGUCGUAUGAGGGGACCGGGGAUGAGGAGGAUGAGAGGAGGUUGAAUCGGGAGUUGGAGAGGAUUACGGAUGAGUGGCAGUCGAAGUGGGAAUGA